AUGUUCACCAGAUUCGUUACUUAGCCAACUUUACUCACCCAAACCCAAAGAGCUUUGUUCUCUGCUUUGACCAAGAAGCAAAAAAUGGAAGUUACUUUGAGAACUCCCUACAAGGAAUAUUUAGCCAACUUUGACGGCUUCAGCAGAAUCACUGCUAAGACCAACGAAGCUUCUUUAGUUAUUCAAAAUAAAACCCCUGCUUCCUUGUAUGUUUUACCUCCUGGUCCUCUUAAGAUUAGAUUUACUUCUGAAGUCAAGAAUGUUUCAGGUGAUUUCCUCCACACUGGUGGUUGGGUCAUUGUCCAUGCCGAUAAUACUUGUGAAAUCAAUGUUAUGGAUUUAUUCGAUAGAAAGGAAGUUAGAGCUGAUCAAUUCGAAAAGGGUAACAUCUAAGAUCUUGAUACUUUGGCUGGUAAAUACGCUGCUAAGUCCAGAAAGAGCACUGUUAGACUUUUUACUAAGGCUACCACUUAAUGA